AAAUUCAAAAGAACCGCGUGGGAUUAAUUUCUCUCUUUCAACGUUUUAUUCUCUUCACUAUAAAUAAACCAACAAUACAACUACAUAUAUAGAACCUGUAUCUACAUACGACUCUCGCCGAUCAUACCUUCCCCAAAAUAUACCGAAUCGAGCUCAAUUUUCUCCGAUCAUAUCGUCUGCUUUCUCUUUCUCUCUCUAAGAUUCCUCUCUCCUGCAAGUUUUUAGGGUUAGGGUUUUGGAGAAAUGGGACAACAAUCGCUGAUCUACAGCUUCGUCGCCAGAGGAACGGUGAUCCUCGCGGAAUACACCGAAUUCUCCGGCAAUUUCACGAGCAUCGCCUCUCAAUGCCUUCAGAAGCUCCCUUCGAGCAACAACAAGUUCACCUACAAUUGCGAUGGCCACACCUUCAAUUACCUCGUUGAAAAUGGAUUCACUUACUGUGUUGUUGCAGUUGAGUCUGCUGGCCGACAACUUCCUAUUGCCUUCUUGGAGCGAGUUAAAGAUGAUUUCAACAAGAAAUAUAGUGGAGGGAAAGCUGCAACAGCUGGUGCCAAUAGCCUGAAAAAGGAAUUUGGGCCCAAAUUGAAGGAGCACAUGCAGUACUGUGUGGAUCAUCCAGAAGAGAUUAGCAAGCUUGCAAAGGUGAAAGCUCAGGUUACUGAAGUCAAGGGAGUGAUGAUGGAAAACAUUGAGAAGGUUCUUGACCGUGGAGAAAAGAUCGAGCUCCUUGUUGAUAAAACUGAAGACCUUCGUUCGCAGGCACAAGAUUUCAAGCAUCAAGGGACCAAGUUAAAGAGGAAGAUGUGGUACCAGAAUAUGAAGAUAAAACUGAUUGUUCUCGCUAUCAUCAUUGCCUUGAUUCUGAUCAUUGUUCUGUCUAUUUGCCCUGGCUUCAAAUGUUGAUUUGCUCAAACCUUCUCCGUACUUCCUUCUUGUCAUGUUUGAUUAGGGUCAUAGAUUGGUUCUCCUUUCAUUUUGAUGUUACAUUUGCAGAUUUCUUUCGAUCUGUAGGUUACACCUAUCUGUAUCAGCUGGCCUUUUUUUUGGUUGGUAAAGGCCUGUAUUUUGGAUUCGUUGUAUAGUUUAUAUCUAGGAAUUUCAUAUAUUGAAGUAUAGUAUAUCUUUGUCAUGGGGCUUUGAGUUCCAUGUUACAGAACGUUUAUUUAAUCUAUGGCGGAUGAAUGCUUUGAUUCCUACAA